AUGGGCGAUAUCAUGGACACCUUGACACAGUACUGCCGGGACGCCAACCUCGAUCCCAAGCGAACGUACACAUGGAUGUGCUGCUUCUGCAUCAACCAGCACAGGGUGAAGGAGACGGAGGCGGCGGGCGAAACCGUGCCAUUCGAAGAGUUCAAGAAAGCUUUCGGAGAUCGAGUGAAAGGCAUCGGCAAGAUUGUGGCCAUGAUGGCCCCGUGGAAGGAUCCUUUCUACAUCAAGCGUGUCUGGUGUGACUUUGAGAUGUACACGGCAACGUCCGAGAAGCAGGUCACCGUCCAAGAGGUCGACGCCGCUGCCUUUCACCUCUUGAACGCCGAUUUCAAAGGGGCGAAUGCCUUCAGCGAGGGAGCGAAUGCACUUUGCGAAAAGACCGUGGGGGUUUCUCGCGAUGCGUUGCUGCAGUGCGGACGCUUGCGUCUCGUCGCGCGUUUGGCAAAGGUCCUGCGCCUGCUUUCUCAGCCGGGGGAGCGGCUCAGCAAGGCGGCUCGCGAUUGGGCCAAGACUCCCAGCGUCGAUGCGCUUCUGGAAGUUCGGGACAUCGGCUUGGAAGAGGGCCCAGCCUCGAGUGCAGCAAGCUCGGACCGGGUCUCCCGCGAGGUCUUCCAAGCAGCGCGGAAGUUGAGCCGUGACAUGCUGCCGAAGCAUGGCGAAGAGGAUCCCAUCGAAGCCUUCGGGGACUCGCAGGCCUCGACGGUGCCGGGAGAAGCUUCGCCGGCGGAGUCGAGGGAGUACCGAGCUCUGAAGCGAUACAAGCCAGGGAAGACAGGUGUGCAGGGAGAAGGAUCUGCGUCUCGGGGUGGCCCCAACAUCUUCGAUGCCCCGUUAGUCAGCGAGAUGCCUUCCUUCGAAGACGGUCUUGCAGGACGGCCUUCGAACAAGCGAGUGCACUCCUUUGCGCAGACUUCGGAGGGCGACACCUUCGUGGCGCAAGGUGGAGCCCCGAAGGCCAGGAAGGAAUACAGUGUCUGGACCGAAGGAGAAGAGCAGCGUCUACUCGAGGGCUUCAAAAUCUACGGAAAGCAGUGGGCCAUGAUUUCCAAGUGCUGCGGCCUGCAACACAGGAGUGGGAUGCAGAUCAAGGACAAGUGGCGGAUUCUGCAGAAAAACGGCAUCGUGCCCGCGCGCGGCGCGGAUGGCCGCUUGGACGUCGAGGAUUGA